UUAAAUUUUUAUAAAUGGAUAACAAUAUGUUUACUUUAAUUGCUACAGAGUAACUUUUUCAUUGAAUAAAAUAUAAGGGACAUUUUCGAGUUUAACAAAUUAAAGAAUUAACUAUAUACUUUAAUAAAAUGCUCAUAAGAAGACAGGGAUAUUUAAGUAUAUUCAUGAUAUUCAAGUAGUGAAUCGGUUCAUUCUUAUCACGAAGAUAAUUGUAUGCGCUUUGAAUACAUUAAAACGGUAGAAAAAGAUCCAGAAAAUAUAAUGUACAUCGAUAAAUCUAUACAAUUUUAUUUUAUUCUUGUUGUUUAAUAAAUAUGGAAUUUAAAAACCAACAAUUUGAUUGGAUUUUUAGAAAUCUAUUAUUAAACCGUCAUAUGGAAUAAAUAAAUGGCUUCAGUACAAGUUAAAAUUCAAUGAAAAAUGUAGUUUCUGCUCGUUUCGGCGUUUGCUCCCUAUUUUUCCAAGAAAGUAGCAGAGAAGAAUGGAAUAGACAUUAGUUCGUUAAGUGCUAUUUGAAGUUAUGGCACCAAAGAAAGGAAAAAAGAAUAAGAAGGAUAAAAAAGGAAAGGGAAAAGGAAAAAAAGGCAAAAAGAAGGGAGGAAAAACUGAAAAGGCGCCAGUAGUACGGAAAGGUCCGAAAAAUGGGGAAGCGCUAAUAUAUAAAUAUGCAUUUGAUAAUGAACUGAGUUUUUUGCAAGGAAUCGUAGAACUGGAGUUAACGAUGGAUACUUAUGUUUUAUUUAAAGUACCGCUACCACCGAAACCUCCCGAACCAGAGCCUCCUCCUAAAAAGCAGAAGCCGAAAGGAAAAGAGAAAAAGGGCAAAGGCAAAAAAGGAAAAGGUAAAAAAGGUAAAGGCAAGAAAGGAAAGAAGAAAGCUAAAAAAGACGGCAAUUACGAUGGUUCAGACGAAAGUGAAAGUUCCGAUGAAAGUGAAAACUCGGAGGAAAGCAAUGUUAUGGAUAAAAAUAAUGGGAAAGGUACAAGGGAGAAAAUUCAACAAAAAGUGAAAAAUUACUCUGUUACUAAGGAAGGUGAUGACACUGAUGAACGGGAUAGCUCUGACGAAAGUGACUGUUCCGAUGAGAGUGACAGUUCCGACCUAAGCGACAGCACAGAUGAAAAUGAUGGUACUGAUACAAAUGAUGCAAGUGAUGGAAAAAAGGGGAAAAAAGGUAAGAAAGGAAAAAAAGGAAAGAAAGGGAAAAAAGGCAAGAAAGGAAAAAAGGAAAAUAAAAAGAAGCCUCCGAAAGAAGAGAUAUUAACUGCAGAGGAUCCUGUAGACUAUUUGCUAACGCGAAGUCUGGCAAUGAUGCAGAUGGAACCCCAUUCCAAAAACAUAAAUUACCUUACAGUAGAUGUGCACAAUAUCGAAAUAUUUAAUGGAACACCUUUCGCACUCAAUACUUUACCCACUUUCUUGAAAUGGGGAGAGGUAUACAGGCUUGAAGGGGAAAAGGAAUGCACCAACCUGGUCAUGUUUGGUUUGUUGAUGGAUAUCAAAAACAAAUUCCUCACUAGCGACCAUUUAUUGGUAGGAUUCAGACCACCACCACCCGAAUUAAAACCGCCUGUUCCUCCGAAGAAGGCAGGUGGCAAGAAGAAGGGCAAAGGGAAGAAAAAGGGGAAAAAAGGAAAGGGAAAAGGCAAAGGAAAAGGAAAGGGAAAAGGCAAAGGAAAAGGAAAGGGAAAAGGAAAAAAGAAAUGAGCAGAAUCAAAUAAAAAAAUAUUUAUUUUAAAU